UUUGGUAUCUCAAUUAUAAUUUUGCCAUAAAGCAAUCUCUCUUUCUUUUGUCCUAAUCCUUCCACUGUGUAUCUUCAACUUUCUGCUAUAAAUACUAAUAUUUUCAACCACCUAAACUUGCACUUCUUCCAAGUUCAUUAAACUUUUCGGAAUCAUGAGGCCACCUGCAAACAACUCAACUUCUGGUGGUUUUAAUGGCGGAUUGGGGCAUUGGAACUCUCCGGUACCUUAUCUUUUUGGUGGGUUGGGACUCAUGCUGGGGCUCAUUGCCAUUGCUUUGACGAUUCUCGCUUGCUCUUGUCGAAAAUCUGCGACGAAUUCGUCAGGCGGUGAACGUGAUCAAGGUGAAGAAAAAUCAGCGAAGCAAGUAGUGGAUAUGCAGUUGGAGAUGGAGCCGAAGAUUGUUGUCAUCAUGGCUGGUGAUGAUAAUCCGACAUACUUGGCGAAGCCUGCAGCAGCCUCAGCUUGCACUUGUCACCAAACUCUAACUCAACUCCACCCAAUAGCUUAACUCAAACCGCUUCAUAUUUUUCUUUCUUUCUUUCUUUUUCUCUGUUAAUUCUCUUAGUUUAGGCCUUGUAAUUGGUACGCUUGCCGUUUGCGGGAAUAUGUAAAUUGUUUCUGAGUAUGAAAAGAUUUCUUGGAGAGAAAUUAAAGGAGAAUGUCACAGUGACUAAUUAAUAUU